GCUGUGAGGUGAGGAGCCGUGUGUCACGUGACGUAACCGUCAGUGGAAGUCUGGAUGUGUUUGAGCUCAUGAAUCCACCCAAAAAUUUAAAAGUCUGUCUCUGUGUCUCUGCAGGCGUCAACGUGCUGUCCCAACCCAGCUGGCCUGUGGACAAGGUGGCGGUGACGGUGCGCUCUCUGUCGGAGGACUCGCUUGGCUCCACGCUGCCCGUCACUAAACGCCACAGGAAGUUGCUCCUCAAGACCCCAAACUCCUCCGCCGCCCCCGCAGGAGGACACGAGGAGCCGCACCUGCAGCGGCUGGCGGAGACGCAGGCAUCCCGGCAGCGCCUGCUGGCCGACGUCUGUUCGCGGUACCAGCCGGGUGCGGCGGGGCGGCCAGUGUCACGGCGGCAGGUGUCCCGGGUCUACGUGGAGGACCGGUCCCGCCUGCUGUACUGCGAGGUGCCCAAAGCAGGCUGCUCCAACUGGAAGCGGGUGCUGAUGGUGCUGGGUGGUGCCGCCACCUCCACGUGGGACAUCCCUCACGACGCAGCACAUUACGCCAACCACCUGCGGCGGCUGGAGAGCUACGAUGGCACCGGCGUGGCCGAGAGACUCCGUUCCUACACCAAGGUGCUGUUCGUGCGGGAGCCCUUCGAGCGCCUGGUGUCCGCUUUCAGGGACAAGUUCGAGAGCCCCAACUCAUACUACCAUCCCGUGUUCGGACGCCCCAUCAUUUCCAGGUACCGCCCCAACGCCACGCGUGCCGACCUGCGCUCCGGCGCCGGCGUCACCUUCAGGGAAUUUGUGCAGUACCUGCUGGACGUGCGGCGGCCCGUCGGGAUGGACAUCCACUGGGAGCCUGUCAGCCAGCUGUGCAGCCCCUGCCUGCUGCACUACGACUUCAUCGGCAACUUCGAGAGCCUGGAGGAGGACGCCAACUUUCUGCUGCGGAGCGUCGCAGCGCCCGCCAACCUCACCUUCCCCGACUUCAAGGACCGCAACCCCCGAGCCGAGAGGACGUCCUCCAGGAUCACUCAGAGCUACUUCUCUCAGCUCAACGCCAGUGAGCGCCAGAAGGCCUUCGACUUCUACUACAUGGACUACCUGAUGUUCGGCUACCCCAAACCUUUCAAGGACCUGCACUGACCGCUCCAAACCUUUCAAGGACCUGCACUGACCGCUCCAAACCCUUCAAGGACCUG